AUGUUCAAUCAAAGAAAAUUUUCUUAUAUUCUCUGUAGUCGUCUUCUUCAAUUAACAAAGAGCACUCAUGGAGAUGGAGAUGCUAAGAAACCUCGACUUUGGAGUCAAGAUGACGAGAUUGUUGUCUUACAAGGUAUUCUUCAUUUUUCUAAAGACACUCAAACUGAUCCUACCAGGGACAUUGCUUCUUUUUUCCAUUCUAUUAUCAAAUCCCUUCAUUUUCCUGCUACUCUCACUCAAUUCAAAGAUAAGCUCAUGAGAUUGAAAAGGAAGUUCAACCAUCAUGCUCACAAAGAUAUGGCCUUUUCUAACACUCACUCUCAAAAAACAUUCAAUUUGUCUAAACAAAUUUGGGGUGCCCAAGGAUGCAUUAUUAGUGUUAACCCAAAAAAGAUGUCUGCUUCUGAAUUGGUUAUGAAUGUUGGCAACAAACCCGACUUCAAGACUCUUCCUUUCCUUAAUAUUGGUCUCACUCAAAUGGGGGAUUAUGUGGUCAUGAAGGCUCUCAAGAUGCUCCACACACAUGAAAAAGCCCACCUUCAAGCCAAGUUGAGGAAAUUGCAUGCGGCUGACUUGCAGCUAUUUAUUGAUCGCCUUCAAUUUCUCAAGGAACAUGCGCAGCUGAUCAUCGCUUCCUAUAACGACUGACUAGCAUUUCGCUUUUGGGGAGGUGGAUGGGAGAUUUUUGCAUAUACGAUGGUGGAAAUAGCAGUAGCAUCGUGCCAACCAUCUUUGUGGAUUUUUGGUGAAUAUUUUGCUUAAGUAGGAGAUUUUGGCUUUUUGGGUUUAUAAUCAGCUAAUAUGACUGUUUAUACAUUGAAUGGUUUGGAUAUGGGAUGUUUUAAUGUAAGUUAGCGCUCUAGUAAAUGUUAUCAUGCUUUAUAUAGAAAGCUGUUACAUGUUAAGUACAGCUACAGAUUCAAAAUUAAUACAAGACUACUUUUUUGAUCCCUAAAGAGGUUUUUUAUUUUCUUUCAUCUAUGAAAAAGAUGCAAUUGCAGAUAUUUUGGUCAAGAUGGGAUGUUGUGUUGGGUGUUGCGAGGUUUAUGUAUUUCGCUUUUGCUCGUUUGUUUAUUUAGAGUUUUAUGUUCUUUGGCUGAGAGGUAUUAUUGGUGAAUAAGUAGCUGCAAAAGUUUGUUUUUUGGUGUGAAUUUGAAAUCAAAUGUUCAGCUUAAAGAAGUGUGCUUUUUGAGCAAUAGAUGGUAAUUGGUUUGGUUGAAUGAUGUAAAAAUUGGUAUUGAUUGCAACAAAAUAAUCUUGUUAUACAUGUCUUCUUUUUUAGCUUUCUUGACCUGGAAAUGCUUGUUUGUCUUAGUGAGAGGCAUAAAAUUAUGAUUGAAAUAUUGGUACUGUUGGUCACAUUUCAUACAGCGAAUGGCAUGCCAACCAAGAAACCCCUCCUCCUAUUGGUGAUGAUUCCAGAAGCCAACGAUAUCUUCAAGAAGAUGAAAGGAACGGGCCUCAUCCCUGAAGCCAUCGCCGUGCAAAGAUGGAACUUGUUCACGAAACCAUUCCUGAACACUACUACCCCCAGAAAACACAGUUACCACGCCGCUGGUUUCGUAUUGAUAAAUAUAGGGGCAUUUUGUAGUGGCGCUUAUUACAGAGGUUUAAGAAACCCUUAUAAAUCUACUGACUGUUCAAAAGAUUAAUCAACUAGGUUUUAGAAAACUGUUCAGAAAUUGUUUUUCAGAGACAUCUUUUCCUCUUUUCUCUCUUCGGAGACAACAUCAAUACUUAAUUGGUUAGACUAUUGAUCUACAAAUCUAAGUAGUAAUAAUAAUGGUGGUGAUUCUGCUAAGAGAAAUUAUUUAUUGGGAUUGAAAUGCUUUAUAAGGAGAAAUUCUAUUCUUGUCAAGAGAGAAGGUACUGAGCAGUUGGCCAAGAAGCUCUCUUUUAUUGGCGUCAUUGCCAAGUUGGAGCUGCAAUUGGAUCUGGAGCAUAUUUUCUUGUUGGAACUGUUGCUAGAGAGCAAACAGGACCAGCUCUUACUAUGUCAUUCCUUAUUAUGCACAACUUGCUUGUCAGUGCCCUUCUGCUGGGAGUGCCUAUCAUUACACUUACAUCUGCAUUGGAGAAGGGGUAGAACAAUUACCAAAGUUCACAACUUUGACCAGGUAGUUAAUAUCUAACAGGAGACUGUUGUCUGUCUAUUCCUGUGAAUAACUGGGGUCAAGAGAUCAUGAUGGAGAUAACCCAAGCUCUAUGCAACUCCAAGAGCUAUCUGAUGGCGAGUUGGCCAAUCCAGUUGUUUCAAGCGCGUCCCGAAGGUUUUCGUUCGGCAUGUACUCGUACACCAAAAGGCUAUAAUUCAAAGUCCAAGAGCUGUUUGUAGAUUAUAUGCUGUUUACAGGAAUUUGUCAUGUGGAUGGGAGAUUUUUGCACAGACGAUGGUGGAAAUAGCAGUAGCAUCUUGCCAACCAUCAAUCUGGAUUAUUGGUGAAUAUUUUGCUUAAGUAGGAGAUUUUGCUUUUUGGGUUUAAAUAGUGCAUUUAAUGGUUUGGCUGUAGGAUGUUUUAAUGUAAGUUAGCUCUCUAGUAAAUGUUAUGAUGAUUUAUAUAGCACGCUGUUACAUGUUAAGUGCAGCUAAAUUCAAAAUCAAUACAAGAGCACUUUUUUGAUCCACAAAGAGGUUUUGCAUUUUCUUUCAUCUAUGAAAAAGAUAUGCAAUUGCAGAUAUUUUGGUCAAGAAUGGAUGUUGAGGUUGAAUCUGCAGACAUGUAGCCAAAUUUUGUAUAAAGUUAUGUUUAUGCGUUUUUCUUUUACUUGUUUGUUUA